AUGGACUCUCGGAGGUACCGGUUCAACAUCAUUGCCGGGGCUGACUAUGAGAGGGGCGACGCCCGCGCCAUACUGGCCGUGGAGGUCAUCAUUACACGGAGCUCUCUCAACUGUAGCGCGUUGACCGAUCAGGAGCUGUGCUGGGGCCCCUGGGAGUUCCUCUCCGGUCUCCAGUGGUUCGAGGACCCCCUGCAGGGCCCGGCGGCAGGUGACCCGCUCAGGGUCGACUUCAGGUCACCGGCUCACGUGCUCUGUGGCGCCCCCGAGUACCGGUUCACUGCCGAGAGGGCUAAAGACGGUGUUCCGGGCGACUGGACCGCUGCCGUCUCCGAACCCACCUCUGACGGCUCGGCUGUCUCUCUGGCCCACCUGGGCUUACCAAGCCGCCAAGAGCUGAGGCUCACAGUCACCUGCAGUCGAGCCGCCGCCGUCCCUGGACAGGCUCGGAAAGAGGAUGAGGCACCCUUCAGGAAGAAGAUCGAUGCGCAGAAUAAGACCCUUCCAGUGGACGUGCUGGACAGAAAUAAUCACCCGCCUGAAAUGAACCAGAAGGACUCCGUCUUCGAUAUCUACCUGUGCGAAACUCACAACUUGUUCAAGGACGAGCACGUCUCCAACAAGAGGGGCCGCCCACGAAUAUCCAUAGUCGACAUGGACGAACACCACGCCAGUCACUACAAGGUCCACAUCGAGGGCGACACAGCCGGAAUCCUGGCGCUCGACAGUCCCACUCCGGGCAUAUUCGACCUGCCGCCCGGCUCCUAUCCGGAUAUACAGAGGACGGCCUCGAUGCUGUUUGCUAAUCUGAAAUACAGGCGGAACGCCAGUCCAUACAAGGAGUUCGGUCCCGGCUACAACUACUCCGUUCAAGUCGUGUUUGAGGACAAAUUUCUGCACCACUCGUACGGGGACAAAGAGCUGCGUAUGACGGUGAACCUGUUGACCUCCUGCCGACCUCCUCCACCGACCUCACCGCCUCCUGAGGUCGUCACCGUCCCCGCCGGCACCAUCUUCUCCGCCGCCGUCCGCCGCGACUCUGCCCGGUUCGCGCGCGUUUUCCAGCUCCCGCGCGAACUGCUGGCGGGACCACUACAUUUGGCGCCAACACCCGAUCGCACCCAUCGAGCUUUCAAUGUCACAGAAAGGGAGGGAAUUGUGUAUGUCCUGAAGCCAAGUCGGUUACGGGAGUUAGCUGGUGUGGUGAAUCUAACACUCCUCUCACGUGAGGGUGACAAAAGUGACGCGCCCGUGACGGUGAACGUGACGGUCAGUGUGAACGUGACGGCCGUCACGGGAGAGAGUGACGGAGAGGCAGAGUGUGAACAGAAGAAGAACGCCGACCACUGUGCCGUGGAGAGUACCGAGAAGGAGUGUGAGCAGCGCUGCGGAGCCGGAGCACAGGGACGCUGCGCUUGGAGACCGCCGCCCGAGGGAAAGGAGAUGACCAACGAGUAUGGUACGUGCAGUCCCGACUUCGGCACGUGUCCCGACCAGCGCUGCGACGAACUGGAGUCGCUGUGGCCGCAGAUCUGCCCCCAGGAUUGCAUCGCCAGAGAUGACCGUCGGAACGGCAGUCCGCUGCUGACAUACGGCACCCACCGCGGCGUGGCACGUGGCCGCGGCGUGUGCCACUGCGAGCAGUUCACGAGCUGCACGUGCGCCACGGGGGUGCACGUGCCACGUCCGUCCGACAGGAAUAUGACGGAGAGGCAGCGGGCCAGGGCGACGGUGGCCACACCGCGGAGUGAGCUAGCGGCGUCUCCGGAGAAGCGCGUGUGCGGCACGGCCUGUAUCACCGGCUCCUCCCUCGGCGCCGUCCUCCUGCUGGCCAUGAUGCUACUCGUCUGCCUCAUCUACGACUCCAGGUGCGGCCGAUCGAGCAAGCUGCGCAAGGAUCCGUUCGGUGGGGAGGUGAUCUCCCUAUCGCACAUAACGGGAGACAUGGAUUUGGGAGGCCGCCAACAGAUGGCUCUGCCUCCGGACGCACAGUGCGCCAUCUCGGCCCAGCUGCUGGAAACUGUACCGGUGGACGAUAAAUGGGAGUUUCCACGGCGCAGGCUCGUGCUGGGAGAACUCCUCGGAGAGGGCGAGUUCGGGAAGGUGCUCAAAGGACAGGCCAUGGGCAUCGCAGGCGAUUCCGGUUGCCGCCAGGUAGCGGUGAAGAUGCUGAAGCCCUCCAGCACCACUGCCGAGCUGCAGGACCUGCUGUCGGAGUACAAUCUGCUGAAGGAGGUCAACCAUCCUAACGUGAUCCGGCUGCUGGGGGCGUGCACGGGGCCAGGAGGACCCGUCUGCAUCAUCAUGGAGUUUGCAGAGCUCGGCUGUCUGAGGACAUACCUGUGUAACAGCCGUAAGUCUACGCUAGCGUCAGGUGACACAGACAGCGCGUGUGCCAUCACACCCAAAGAACUUAUCAGCUAUGCGUGGCAAAUCUCACGAGGAAUGUCCUACCUGGUGGAAAUGAAGCUGGUUCACCGUGACCUGGCGGCCCGUAAUGUGCUCCUGGCGGAGGGCAAGGUCUGCAAGAUCUCCGACUUUGGUCUCACACGAGACAUCUACGAGGGCAGCCUCUAUCAGAAGACCAGCAAGGGACGCGUUCCGGUAAAGUGGAUGGCCAUCGAGUCUCUGGAGGAUCACGUCUACACCUCAAAGUCGGACGUCUGGAGUUUCGGAGUGCUCCUCUGGGAACUCAUCACACUCGGCUCCAACCCGUACCCGGGUGUAACCCCGGAGCGUCUCUGCCACCUCCUGAAGUCCGGGUACAGGAUGGACCGGCCGGCCAACUGCACCCAGGACAUGUACAGCAUAAUGCGUCAGUGUUGGCAGGAGCAGCCCUCCUCCAGACCCACGUUCUCCGAGCUGAGUCAGUGGUUCGACAGGAUGCUCCAGUCGGGGUCAGAGUAUCUGGACCUUAGCACGCCGCUGGUUCUCAACAGAGAAUACUUUGACCUGCUGAGCGAUGGAGAUGACCUUGACCUGGACCGUCCGAUCGACUACGGUAACCUGCACCUGCUGAGCUCCUCCUACUUGCCGCCGCGCAGCCAACCAGCGGCCGAGCCGGCGCGCAACAACCAAUCACCGCUCCGUACAGCCUCCAACAACCAAUCACCACUGCGCUCCGCCUCCAACAACCAAUCACCGCUGCGCUACGGCGUCGUCGACCAAUCAGCUCGCAAGCCGGAGCGUCUGACGUACUCUUCUCUACUAGCUCACGGCUCAGACACGGAGGAUGGUGGCGCUCGUGAUUUACCACUCAACUACUCCUCCCUUCUGUUGCCGGACUCUGAGCCGGAGGAGGGCGAGGAUUCGGGCAGCGGCUCGGAUAAUCCGCCCCGGGAGACGUGUGAUGAACAGUGCGGGCUCAUGGAGGUAUCCGUGUAG